GGAAGUGACGUUUGAUCAGUAACACGGAAGUGCGGGGGGUGCGCGCGCGGGGUAGAUCUGGGCGGUGGCGGGCGGCGUUCGUCACCGGUGGCGGCAGAGCAGUAGGAACGCGCAGAGGACGCACGUGCUGGAUAUAGGACAUAGCUGCAGAGAUGGCUGAGCAAGAGCCUACCCAUGAGCAGCUGGCCCAGAUUGCAGCUGAAAACGAAGAGGAUGAGCACUCCGUCAACUACAAGCCCCCUGCCCAAAAGAGCAUCCAGGAGAUCCAGGAGCUGGACAAAGAUGACGAGAGUCUACGCAAGUAUAAGGAAGCCCUACUGGGAAACGUUGCCAUUACUGCUGACCCGACUAGUCCAAAUGUGGUGGUAACAAAACUGACUUUGAUUUGUGCAACAGCUCCUGGUCCCUUGGAGUUGGAUCUGACAGCUGACUUGGAGAGUUUCAAGAAGCAGGCGUUUGUGCUGAAGGAAGGUGUAGAGUACCAGAUAAAAAUCUCUUUUCAGGUAAAGAGGGAGAUUGUUUCAGGGUUGAAGUACAUUCAACACACAUUCAGGAAAGGAGUAAAAAUUGACAAGACUGACUAUAUGGUUGGAAGCUACGGGCCACGUGCUGAGGAAUAUGAGUUCCUGACCCCCCUGGAGGAAGCCCCUAAGGGCAUGCUGGCCCGGGGCACUUACAACAUCCGAUCUAAAUUUACAGAUGAUGAUAAGACGGACCACCUUUCCUGGGAGUGGAACCUGACUAUCAAGAAGGAAUGGAAAGAUUAGCCCUUUCAUAGCCCAGCCCCAAGAGUUGUUCAGACAGUGGCUACAGUAGAAACCCCUCCCUGUACCAAAGUGCUGGCAUUGGACAACCUUCCCUUCUCAUUUUUAGCUCACCAGGAAGACCUUUUGGCUCAAUGCCCUGUAUGUAUUUCCUCCCAAGAAUCAGUAACAGUGACCAAACCUGCCCUGUGUCUCCCAAGUGCAGAGGCAGAAGUGUUUCUUGUCCCUCUCUGGCCUUGAGUAAGAGGUCUGCUGCUUCUGUCCCAUUUCAGUACAUUUCAGGCGGGUGGUAAAGGGGAAGCAAGCAACAUUUCUGUCUGUAGGGGAGAGGAUUUGGAGACCUUGCCAUCUCUGAGCAAGGGGUGAGGUGCUGAGAAGUCAUCAUUCCGUGCAGGCUGGAAACAGUUGGGACGGCAGGCCCUUGCCAGGCUUAGUCAUGUUCAUGGCCUACACGUUCUCUUUGGGGGAUGUGGGUUGCCUUUCCAUUUGUGAUACGUUUCCUGUAACCAUGAUGCCUUAAUGUUUGUAACAUAACAUACAUCCUCCAGGGUGGCCCAACCUCCUUUCCCUUUUUUUGAUAUGCUUCCCAGUCCCAUUCAUGCAUACCCCUCCUGUCUUCUUCCAGUUUGCAUCUUCUGGGCAGAUAAUCCUGCUGAGCUGAGGUCUCCCAAGAGCUUAAGCAUGGCUCAGACUACCACCCUUGUGGGCUCCCUGUAACCAGAGAAGCCCUUGCUUCUGAUUAAGGAACAGUGGCCUGUUAAUAGGUAUAGAAGCUACUGGUGCCAUUGCCAUUUCUCUGUUCUGUCACUCCCCAACUGGGUGCAGAGCACUGAAGUCCCAGGGUAGCAUCUGGUUUUUAGGGCAUUUUGCUAGCUGAGCUGCUUCUCACCUGAUCUGAACGAAGAGCUUGUUAUGGACAGACAUUCAAGAACACAGAAUGCCUUAUGUGUCUGGUCUGCCUUUGAAAUCAUGUCCCUGGCCUGUCAGUAUUUAUUAUUGCCUUGAUUAGAUUCUUUUCCUUCAUGGUGCCCAAGCAAUCCAACUGUCCCCAGCAAAAUCCCAUUAAUCUGGCAGUCAGAAAGUCUGCAGAGCUCCUCCUCUGCUUGUCAGUUGGGUGUGUUCCAGGUCAACAACCUUGCUCAGCAGGCUAUUGUGAGUCCCAGAGUUGUGCUAGAACUGGGACCAAGCGUUUGUGUGGUUCCUUCACUGCUCUGUCUCUCCCCUUCACUGCUCUCUCUUCUCCCCUAGUCCUUCCUUAGAGAAGAUUUUUGUUAAAUUGAUUUGUCUAUAAAUCUUAUAUCUGGAUUAACAGAUUCGAAAUCAUUGGCUUCCCCUUUUCUGACCAUCAAAUAAAAUCAUGAAACUGA